AUGGCACCGAUCCUGGUGUCGUCUGCCGCACCGGGCAAGAAGGCGGCACCAAAAGCUGCUGCGCGUCGACGACCAGCCGCAGCAGCACCCGGCGUUGUAUCGACUCCAGCACCAUCCGCCCAGCAGACGACCCCGAGUGUCGCGCCGUCCAGUCCUCCUCCUGCACAGCCGUCGAUCGUCCAGCAGCCCACUUCGCAAGAAGAACAGCAAGCGCAUCCUCCAUCUGUACAGCAGGCGCAAUCACAGCAGAAGCCAGAAUCGACACCAGCAUCGACCGAACCUGUGCGCCAACCGUCUCCCCAGGCAGAGCAGGUGCGAGUCGAGCCACCCACAGGGCAGCAUGCGCCAAUAGUACAGAUCACGCCUCUGCCUACAAAGGACGCAACGUCUGAACCAAUAGCCGAGACCACGAGUACCGCAGCAUCUUCGGCCGCACAGCCUAUCGCGCUGCCAAGUCAACUUUCACAGGUCCUGCCGAACAGCUUGGCCGCUUCCCAGCAACAAACGCCAGAGACACCUAGUGAGGCGAGAGAAGAGCCAGCGUUGUCCUUUGCCGAGCAAGCACUUGGACCACUGCUACAGCCGAUACCGGGCCAGACUGAAAACGCCUCGCCAGUGUCGCAGCUGCCGACAGACGAGAGUAAUGGCAAUGCUGCAAAUGUCACCAAGUCCACAGCGAAGACUGGACGCGGCACGAAGAGGGCGAGGGCAGCGGAAGAGGGAUCAGCUGGCACAACAGAGCCGCGGAAAGCGCCAAAGCGAAGCACGGCUCGGAGCAAUGCCAGAGUACAAGCUGUUGUUCAAGGCGAGGAUCAGGUGGGCGAAGAGAACAGUGUGACAGCCGGACCGGACGAGACGAAUGGAGAAGCAGCAACAAGUGCUGAACCUGGACCUGCAAAGAAACGCCGUGCAACGACUAAGAAGACCACGACCACUCAGCGAAAGGGCAAACCCAACGCGAAGAGUGCCGAGACCAUCACCAACUCCGAUGAUGAAGGAGCAAGCGCUACUGUCCCGGAACAGGAAAUGCAGAUAGACCCAGCACUGACUGGAGAGGUCGCAGCACCAACUACUACGGCGCCGAAGCCGAAGAAAGCUGCGAAGCCACGUAAAGCCCGGAUACCACGAAAGAAGGUGCAGAUAUCUGCUCAAGACAGCGCGGAACCAGUAGCAACCCAGAACGCGGACACCGAAAUGGACGUCGAUGCGCAAGAUGUACUGCAACAAGAUGGAGAGGACGACAGCUCAGAUCUCGAAAAUCAUGUCAUUGAUCCUGAUACCGUUUCGAUGUGGGACAUUAGUCAUGAUACCAGACACGGCAAACGAUCGGAGCGAGGAAAGGCCAUGGCAGCGAUUGAUUGGGAAAAGGUCAAGAAGGAAAGAAAAGCAGCAGCCCAGGCAAUUGUAGAUGGGCUACAACCAAAAGCAAAAGAUACUGCCGCCCAACCUGCUGAGGAUGUUGUGCCAACGACCGAGGGCGCUGAAGAAGCAGACGGUACUCCUGCUGAAGAAGCUCCGGACCAAGACGCUGAGCCAUCAGAACAGCCUGCCACCGAAACCGCAGAUCCAAAUGCUGAGAUGAGCGAUGACGAUGAUGGUCUGCACUUCAUUAUGGAUGAAAAUGGCGACAUCAUACUCGACCCAGACAAAACUACCACGAUCGACAACACACAAGCCGCUCGAGACGCGGCAGCCAACGUUGAAGAUGCUCAAGUCGUCGACGAUCUAACAAUGUUGAACAACCGCACAACGUGGAUCAAUGAGAACCGCCGCGACCCGAUCGAUCGUGUGCCCUUGUGGAAGUGGAAGAGCGACCCCUGGUCUGAGGAUGAAACCGACCGCUUUUACGAUCAGCUUCGCAUGUUCGGCACAGACUUUUUCAUCAUCAGCAAGAUGUUUCCUGGAAAGAAUCGACGCAUGAUCAAGGCGAAAUUCACACGCGAAGAGAAGCUUGACCCUGCUCGCAUUGAUGCCGCACUGACCGGUACAUCCAUGCAGAAAUGGAGUCUAGAGCACUACGCACGCGAGACGGGCAUACCCGUUGCGCAAUAUACUCAGUUCCAGACCUUGGAACAUACGAUGAGCAUAAUCAAUGAAGAGACCCAGAAAAAGCAUGAAAUUCAGGCUGCCGAGGACGAGCGCAAAGCAGCCGAGCGUGAACGAGAAGAGAAAGAAAAGGCGGCCGCUGAUAAAGAGAAGCGCAAGUCUGCCAAGAAAGCAAAGAGGACGAGGCAGAAAGCUGCUGCUGCUGGCACUCUCGGUGGCGGACCAGACGACUGA